AUGACUUCUUACACUGCUGCCAAUCGACUACUCAAAGAACUGAAUGCACAUCAACGCAAGAUUCGACUAGGUUGCAGUCAUGAUUCUCAGUUGGUUAUCCUGCAACCACAAUCUGACCAGGAUUUAUUUCAUUGGAAUGCAACCAUCUAUGGAAGGAGCAAUACUCCUUAUGCUGGUGGUCAGUUUGAAUUGGAAAUAUUAGUUCCUAAAGACUAUCCCACGGACCCUCCAAGAAUUCGGUUUAUCACUACUAUUUGUCAUCCAAAUAUACAUAUCAAGACUGGAGAAAUCUGUCUGGAUUUACUCAACAAGGCGUGGAGCCCCGCCUGGACUCUAGAAUCUACGUGUAUGGCCAUUUUGGAUCUUUUAUCUAACCCCGAGGCAGACAGCCCUCUCAACUGUGAUGCUGCCAAUCUCAUUCGAUCUGGAGACCAUCGUGGGUACAACUCACUUGUUCAAAUGUACACGGCAUUGCAUGCCUGCAUAUCAGAUUCACAGUGCUCCCGUCAGCAAUGA